AGAAGCGGCUGGAUAGAUGGAGAGUGAGGGUGGGUGGGAGUGGAGUGAUUGCAGUAGCAAGCACAGCUUGGCUCAGGAUAAGCUGUGAAAACAUGUCUCUACAGAGUCCAGCGGCAAUGACGGCGGCUCCGGACAAGCCGAUCCAGCCUGCAGUGCCCCCCUCAGUGGAGCUCGGUUUGACUGUGGUUUAUACCGCUCUCUACACCCUGCUUUUCCUCUUCGUUUAUCUGCAGCUCUGGCUGGUCUUGCACUAUAAGCACAAGCGCUUCAGCUACCAAACGGUGUUUUUGUUUCUCUGUCUGUUCUGGGCAGGCCUGAGGACUACGCUCUUUUCUUUUUACUUUAAAAAUUGUGUCCAGGCCAAUCAGCUGGAGCCUUUUCCUUACUGGCUGUUGUAUUGUUUCCCUGUGUGUUUGCAGUUCUUCACGCUGUGUCUACUAAACCUUUAUUUUGCACAGCAUGUUUCUGCAUUUUCAGCCUGGUGGUCCUCUUUCCCUUUUCUCCCCAAGGUGUUUGUAGAGGUUAUUUUUAAGGCCAAAGCUAAAUAUUCUCCUGAACUUAACAAAUACAAGAUUCCAUUACGGCUAGCAUUCUUAUUUGCUAGCAUUCUGUUUCUGGUGGUGAACUUCACAUGUGCAGUGCUUGUCCAAGGAAAUGUACCAGAAAGCCAGUUGAAAUGGACUGUGUUUGCUCGAGUACUCAUCAAUGACAGUCUCUUUGUGCUUUGUGCCAUUUCAUUAGCAGUAUGCAUCUUCAAAAUUGCAAAAAUGUCAUCUGCGAAUGUAUAUCUUGAGUCAAAGGGAACUUCUGUUUGUCAGGCCACUCUAGUGGGUGCUGCAGUGAUCCUGCUUUAUAUAUCAAGGGCUUCCUAUAACCUGGUGGUGGUUUUCAUGGCUCCAGAAGAUAGGCCCAGUUCAUUCAACUAUGGCUGGUACAAUGUGUCUGAUCAGGCAGAUGUUGAAAAAGUCAGUGACCAAGCUUAUGUGGCAUUUGGAAUCAUUCUUUUUCUUUGGGAACUGUUGCCUACAAGUUUGGUGGUAUUUUUUUUCAGGGUGCAGCGACCAAAUCAAAAUCUGGGAUCAGGUGGAAUGAUCAACAGUCACAGUUUCAGUUCCAGGGCAUACUUUUUUGAUAAUCCAAGACGGUAUGAUAGUGAUGAUGAUGAUUUGAGUAGAAGCAGCGGCUCGAGAGGAGAGAGAGGAAGCAUCCUAUCCACAACACCACAAGGCACUGGUUGGUAUGGAGCCAUCCAUAGGAAUAGCAAUUACAGUGUAGUGUCUCACUUGCUGAAUGGACCUCCAGCAGCUACAGCACCACUUCUCUUCGCUUAUGGUAAUAUUCAAAACAACCACCAUCAUAACUAUUACUCAACACCACAAAACUAUUACUCAACGCCACAGAACUAAUGGGAAUCUACAGUUUCAGUUCUGUGGAAAUGUUUACAUGACAGUUCUCACAGGCUGACCCCUUGGCUCGUUAUGAAAGAAUGAUUGAAAGAAUUUCAUUUGUGGCACAAUGAAAGAAAAAGAGAUUAAUGAAGUAAUCUUCAGAAUGGCAUCAAUGACUAUAAAAGAAGGAUAGAGAUGUCCUGUAGCAUUGCAGCUUGUUUUGACUCUAGUAAUGGGGCUGCAUAUUGCACUUUUACCUACACUUGCAAUCGGAACAAAAUUCCAGAAUGAAUCUUAAUUUAUAAUCAAUAUUCUAAAUUUUGGGAAUGUUUAUACAAUUUAGCUGGGCUGAGCAGAAGGAAAUAUUUUCUUCAUAACUUGAUUAUUCUAAAGCCUGUUUUAAUGUGUGAUAGGUUUAUGGAAAGCAGUGUUAAUAUCCAAAUCUGCCUUUUUAAGCUAACUGAAAAAUAGAAUGGCUGUUUUAAAUACAUUAAUGCUGUGAUGCAUGAAUUUCAGAUAUUCUUAGACAUCUGCACAUGGUCUUGUACCUUUUUGGUCAAAGGAAUACAAUAUUGACAAGAUUAGUUUUGUGCUUCCAAAACUCUAAUCUACUAGAUUUAAGGCCUAACCUGGAAAUUUGCUUAAAGUGAUCAACAAAGCAUUUGAAUGUAACGUAUAGUGCAAUGUUUCACUAUUUGCCAUUUGAAAUCUUAUAUAUGGGCUGAAGCUCUGGUUAACAGAUAACAUCUGUAUAUGUAUUAAUAUUGCCAAUACUACUGUAGCCUAAAGCUGAGCAUUAUCUUAACCUAUUGUAGAUUUGCAUGUUUAAUUUAGUGAAGAAAAACCUCAUUAACCCACAUGAUAUUUUGGUCAUCUGGGGUUUCUAAGUUCUUGAGGCUGGUUUCUUCAAACAAGGGUGAAAUUAUUAUUGGAUUUCAUUUGUAAUGUAAUUUAACAUGUAAUAUGUGUACACCAGCAUGUUCUUUUGUACACGCUUGAACAUUCUGUGAAACAGCCGGAUAUUUAAGUACACUACACAACAAUUGUAGGGCACAGAUUAAACCUAUGGUUCAACACUAAA